AUGACGGCAACAUCAUCGGGCGGAUCUCACGUCGAGGCAAAAGACGACUUGGACGACGGCUUUCAAUAUGUGCGAUCGAGGCGUCGACCACGCGCGACCGCGGCAGCGGCAGCGGGGCUACAAAGCGUCUCGAGCAGCAACACCAACAUCACUGGAGCCUCGAGUGGGUUCGCGUAUGCCAGCGCACCGAGAAGACGCGGUGGUCGUGGCAUGGCAAGGGCAGAAAAUGACGAGGAGACGCAGCGCAACGUGGUAGAAAGAGCGGUUGGUGCAGUGGAUGUGUUUGCAAGAUAUCUCGGGUCCCAACUGGCGUCAGCGAGUGGUCGCGAUGAGCCACAGCGUACAACGACGUUUGCAGACCAGAUUGCGGAUUCAAUACGAACCGUCUGGCCCAGCGCUGGGAGCAUGCGGACUGCAUCUGGAGCGGACCAUGAAGCACAGUCGAUCUGCGCGUCCAAGCGCGCAGCCCAAGUCGGCGAGCAGGAAGCAAGCAAGCUGCAAGCGGAUGAGCCGCAACGUGGUUCAACAGCAGUCGUUCCACGUCGAAUCAUCUGCUUGGGCUUAGGCUCGCCCACCAGCUCGCGCAGCGCACAGAUCCAGCUCGGUUUACUGCUCGUCAUACACUCGUGGCUGUCGCAGUUGCAUACUCGUCCUGCGUGUUCGGCCAGCAGCACAGCACGGAUACCAGAGCAUUCAGGCGCGAUCGAGUGUAUAGCGUACGACCCCGUGUUUACUGCGCAAGAUCGAGAGCUAUUGGAACGGUACGCGAUCCGUAUCGCACCAAGCAACGCCACGCGGUCCGAUGACGAGCCAGGUGCAUCGAUCGAAAGCUUUUACACUCGCAUUUGCGAGCCCACGCUGCUGUAUAUGCCACACUGCGAUCGAGCACUCUACGAAAGCGUUCUGAGUGUCAACUUCGGCUCGGACUGCGAUCGCACCUCGCAACUGUGCGCCCAUCACCACACGUCCACCCGACCGCUGGUCUUGCUCAGCAACGUGCUGUCGCGCUACCUGAUCACCAGUGCAAACAGUGAACUCCGCAGCUCGGCACCCACGCUCAACCGCCUGAUUCCACAAAUGCACGUAUACCACUUGCCCAACUGGGAACAGACCAAGAGAUCCGCCCCACUUACACACCAUGCGCAGCUCCAGCCAGAACACAAUACUGCGAAUCCUGCAGUACAAUUUGCGCGACUAUGGGAUCGAAACGCCCUGCGCGACCUGGCAUUCCACUGGCUGUAA